AUGAAUAACUUUAGCUUGAAAUGCUUGGGCUCAUUGCUUCUUGUUCUUCUGGCUAUGAGUUGUACGGAAGUUCAAGGUCAGUCUUGCAGACCGAGCGGCAGAAUCAGAGGGAAGAAUCCCCCUCCUGGACAAUGCAACACCGGGGACGACUCGGAGUGUUGCAAAAACGGCCAAAUGUACCCGAUUUACAAGUGUUCGCCACCAGUGUCGGGCCACACCAGCGCCCACCUCACCCUGAACAGCUUUGAGGAGGGCGGAGAUGGAGGUGGCCCAUCUGAGUGCGACAACCAGUACCAUUCUGAUGACACGCCUGUCGUGGCACUAUCCACGGGGUGGUUCGAUAACAUGAGCAGGUGCCUCAGGAACAUAACGAUCUACGGCAAUGGGAGGAGCACCCAGGCUAUGGUGGUGGACGAAUGCGACUCGACCAUGGGAUGCGAUGAAGAUCACGAUUACCAACCUCCAUGUGACAACGACAUUGUCGAUGCAUCCAGAGCUGUGUGGGAGGCCCUGGGGGUGCCCAAGGACAAUUGGGGCUGGCUUGACAUUACAUGGACCGAUGCCUAG